GAGCCGGGAGCCCGGGCUGAGCCGCUGCUGCUCCCCAGCGGGGUGUGUGCGGGGAGAGCCCUUCCCUAGCGCCCCUCUGUGCCCAGCCGGGGGGACUCUUUCUGGGGGCUGGAACCAGCCCCGGGCUCUGCCGACACCAGCUCCUGAACCGCAAACUUCAGCUCACAAUGGGAUACAACUGAGUGUAAGGAGCUGAAUCAUUAUCCAGGGAAGCAAAUACACUGAAGAUGUCACCCAGAAAAUCCAAGAGGACUCUGAGUCAGAGCCCUGAGCAGGACAAACCCUGUGAGAGCCAGUGCAAGCCAGAGGAGCCAGAGGCCAUGGAGAAGAGACCAGUGAAACUCAUCCAAGGAAUUAAGAAGCGAAAGGAUUUUGUGGUGCACCAGGGAACCCAGACGGAGGAGAGCCCCAAUAUCUGCAUUGAGUGUGGGAAAAGCUUUACCCAGAACUCCAGCCUCAUCAACCAUCGUAGAACCCACACGGAUGAGAAGCCCUACAAAUGCCCUGACUGUGGGAAAUGUUUCGGCGUCAGCUCCAGCCUCAGCCGGCACCAACGCAUUCACACGGGCGAGAAGCCCUACGCCUGCCCUGACUGCGGGAAGAGCUUCAGUGACAAGUCCAACCUAACCCAGCACCAGCGUGUCCACACGGGUGAGAAGCCCUACAAGUGUAUUGACUGUGGGAAGAGCUUCAGCCGCAGCUCCCACAAGAAGAAGCACCUGCGGCACCUGAUGGGCAAGAGGCCAGGCAAGUGCUCAUCACCACAACCGCGUGAGGGUGCUGUGGGGAAGGCCAAGGCCAGGAGGAAGGUAGAGGUGCUGAACACGUGCACCGAGUGCUGGCAGAGCUUCAGCCAGAAUGCUGAUCUCAUCAAGCACAUGAGGAUCCACACGGGCGAGAAGCCCUUCAAAUGUACUGACUGUGGGAAGAGCUUCAGCGUCAGCUCCAACCUCUUCCGGCACCAGCGCAUCCACACCGGGGAGAAACCCUACACAUGCUCUGAUUGUGGGAAAAGCUUCACUGACAAGUCCACCCUGACCCAACACCAGCGCAUCCACACGGGCGAGAAACCCUACAUCUGCACCUUCUGUGGGAAGGGCUUCAGCCACAGCUCCCACCACAAGAGACAUGAGAAAAUCCACAAGGGCGAGAACCCUCUACUGAACUUCCCCCAGCCUGAAAUGUCACCCAAAAAGUCCAAGGGGAAUGUGGCCAAGACCCUGGAGAAGAAGAAGCCCAAGAACAAGCGUAAGUCAGAGAAGCCAAAGCGCAGCCCCCCGGAGGAGGAGACCCUGGUCUACCAGCCGCUGCCCAAGGGUGACAGGCCCAACCUGUGCUCCGAGUGUGGGAAGAGUUUCCUGCACAGCUCGGAUCUGGUGAACCACCAGCGCAUCCACACGGGUGAUAAGCCUUUCAUCUGCACUGACUGCGGCAAGAGCUUCCGGCAGAGCUCCACACUCAUCACCCACCAGCGCAUCCACACCGGCGAGACCCCCUACGAGUGCAGCUACUGCGGGAAGAGCUUCCGCGUCAGCUCCAACUUUGUGCGGCACCAGCGCAUCCACACGGGCGAGAAGCCCUACAAGUGCCCCAUCUGUGGGAAGAGCUUCACAGACAAGUCAACCCUGACACAGCACCAGCGCACCCACACCGGCGAGAAGCCCUACAAAUGCGCUGACUGUGGGAAGAGCUUCAGCCGCAGCUCCCACCGCAAGCGGCACCUGCGGAACCCACCCGCCAAAGGCCGGAGCAAGUGCUCCCACCGGAGCGGGGAGGCUGCCGUGGCCAAGGCCAAGGAGAUCAAGGUAAAAAAGCGGACGCCAACCAUCGAGAUUCCCAACACAUGCGCUGAGUGCUGGCAGAGCUUCAGCCAGAACUCGGACCUGGUCAAACACAUGCGGAUCCACACAGGAGAGAAACCCUUCAAAUGCACUCACUGCGGGAAGCGCUUCAGCGUCAGCUCCAACCUGACCCGGCACCAGCGCAUCCACACCGGGGAGAAACCCUACAAGUGCCCUGACUGCGGGAAGAGCUUCACUGACAAAUCCACCCUGACCCAGCACCAGCGCAUCCAUACGGGCGAGAAGCCCUACAUCUGCAUCUACUGCGGGAAGAGCUUCAGCCGCAGCUCCCACCACAAGAGACACGAGAGAACCCACUCCGGCGAGAACCCUGACACCUUCCUGCCCUUGUGGCACUACCCCAGUCAGAACUUCUAGAGUCGCUGACCCCUCUGACAGGGCCUCCAGAGACAGGGGUGGGGUGGGGAGGGCUGUAUGAUUGGCUGGGUUAUGGGGACAGGAGAGUGUCAGGAGGACAGCUGGCUCACAGGAUAACUGAUUGUUGAGGACUCUGGGGACAUGGAAAUUUAGUGGCUUAAGAAAGAGGUGUAUGUGUGUAUCUGUGAUUGUGUGUGUUGUGUGUAUCUGCUUCAUGUGUGCUUUAUAGAAUCAGAACAAUGUAGAGUUAGAAGGGAUCUCAAGAGGCCAUCUAGUAUAUCUCCCUGUGCUGAAGCCUAGACCAUCCCUGACAGGUGUUUGUCUGACCUCUUCUUUAAAACCUCCAGUGACGGGAAAUCCACAGUCUCUUAGUAACCUCUUCCAGUGCUGAACUAGCCUUAUAGUUACAAAGUUUUUCCUAAUAUCUGACCUAAAUCUCCAUUGCUGCAAACAGCCUAUUCUUAUCCCACCAGCAGUGGGCAUGGAGAACAAUGGAUGGCCUUCCUCUUUAAAACAGCCAUUAAAAUAUUUGAAGACUUUUAUCAGGUCCCCCCUUGGUCUACUGAUCUCUGGGUUAAACAUGCCAGUUCUUGCAACCUAUCUUCACAGGCCAAGUUUCUAAGCCUCUUACCACUUGUUGCUCUCCUCUCAACUCUCUCCAAUCUGAUCCCCUCUUUUUCAAAGUGUGGUACCCCAAACUGGACACAGUAUUCCAGCUGAGGCCUCACCAGUGCUGAAUAGAGCAGGACAAACACCCCGUGUCUUUCGUAUGAUGCUCCUGUUAAUACGUCCCAGAGUGAAAUUUCCCUUUUUUUCAACUGCGUCUUAUUCAAUUUGUGAUCCAGCAUGAGCCCCAGACCCUUUCUUGCUGUAUGGUUGCCUAGACAGUUAUUCCUCAUUUUGUCUUUGUGCAUUUUAUUUUUUUAUUUCCUAAGUGUAGUUCUUGAAUUUCAUCUUAUUGAUUUUGGACCAAUUCUCUAAUUUGUCAAGGUCAUUAUGAAGUCUAAUCCUGUCCUCCGUAGUGCUUGCAACCCCUCCCAGCUUGGUGUCAUCCAGAGAUUUUAGAUUUUAUAAGUCAUCAUACAAGUCAUUAACAGAAACAUUGAAUAGUACUGGACUGAGGACAGACCUGUGGGACCCCGCUGCAUACAUAUUCCUAGUCUGAUAUCAGAUCAUUGAUAACUACUCUUUGAAUACGGACUUUUAACCAGUUGUGCACUCACUUUGUAGUAAUUUCAUCUAGACCCCAUUUUCCUAGUUUGCUUAUGAGAAUGUCAUGUGGCAAUGUGUCAAAAGCUUUGCUAGUCAAGAUUUAUUAUGUCUACUUCCUCCCCCAGCCACUAGGCCAGUAACCCAAUCAAAAAGGGAAAUUAGGUUGUUGUUGACAAAUCCAUGCUGGCUGUCACUUAUAAUCCUAUUAGCCUUUAGGUGCUUACAAAUUGUUUGUUUAAUUAUUUGUUCCAUAUCUUUCUGGAUUUUGAAGUUAGACUGAUUAGUCUGUAAUUUCCUUCCCCCCUUUUUAAAGAUAAGUGCUAUGUUCACCCUUCUCCAGUCCUCUGGGAUCUCACCCAUCCUCCAUGAGUUCUCAAAGAUAAUUCUAAGGGUUCAGAGAUUGCUUCAGCUUGUUCCUUAAAUUACUUCAGCUAUUUCCUUAAGUACCUUAGGGUGAUUUUCACCAGGCCUUUGCAACUUGAAUACUUCAUCUAUCUUAUCUAAAUAUUCUUUAACCCAUUUUCCCUAUUCUGGCUUGUCUUCCUUCCCCCUUGUUAACGUUAACAGUGUUAAUCACCUGGUCACAGUCCACCAUUUUAGUGAAGAUUGACACAAAAAUGGCCUUAAACACUUCAGCCUUCUAUGUGUCAUCCAUUAUUGCUCUUUUUUCCCCAUUGAAUACUGGACCUGCACUUUCUACCUUCUUACUCUUCUAAUGUAUUUACAGACCCUCAUCUUAUUGCCCUUUAUGUCUCUUGCUAGGUGUAACUCAUUUUAUGUCUUAGCCUUUCUGAUUUUGUCCCUACAUGCUUGUGCUAUUCUUUUGUACUAAUCCAUAGCAAUUUGUCCUUGUUUCUACUUUUUGUACCAUUCCUUUUUGAUUUUCAGGUUAUUAAAGAACUCCUGAUGCAGCUAUAUUGGUAUGUUACUAUUCUACCUAGAGGUUGCUGUUGAGUCUUUAAUAUUUUCUCUUUUAGAAACUGCCUCUAUAACUCCUUUUUCCCUUAGAUUUCCUUCCAAUUCCUAUCAAUUCUCUGAGUUAUUGAAAUUUGCUUUUUUAAAGUGCAUUGUCUGUAUUCUGUUGCUCUCACUCCUUCCUGCCUUUAGAAUCACAAAAUCUGUCAUGCUCACUUUCACACAAGUUGCUGAACUUCAGAUUCUAACCAGUUCCUCUCUGAACAUAAAGACAUAAGAAUGGCCAUAUCAGGUCAGGCCAGUUGUCCAUCUAGCCCAGUAUUUUGUCUUCUGACAGUGGCCUGUGCCAGAUGCUUCAGAGGGAAUGAACAGAACAGAGCAGUUUUCGAGGGAUCCACCCCCUGUCACCUAGCCACAGCAUCUAGCAGUUAGGUUUCUGGGGUUUCUGUCCCUGCCCAUCUUGGUUAAUAGUCAUUGAUGGACCUAUCCUCCAGGAACUUAUCUAGUUCUUUAUUGAACCCAGUUAUAGUUUUGGCCUUCUCAACAUAGUCUGGCAAAGAGUUCU